UGUACAAAAUGCAACCAGCCGUUGCCGGCGGCCCAGGCUGCUGUGCGAAGCUUCCCGACAUGCGCGCAUGAAUACCACCUGCCAGGGUGUAUAGCUACGGGCGUGGCGAGAUGUCCGAGAUGCCGGUGAGUGUUGAAGGUUGACUUGACGGUGGGCCAUAAUGACGAUGGGCUGGGAAAAGCGAAAUUUCGAUAGGCCUGACCGUAGCCGGUGCAGCGGCCGGUGCACUACUUGCACCGGUCGUCGCUCCGUUAGCGUUGGGAGUUGUUGGAUUCAGUGCGGCUGGUCAUGGCUCUGCUGUCAGGGGCUGUCAGGGACUCUUGCAGCGGCAAUCCAGGCAUCCAUCGGUAACGUCGCAGCAGGAUCGCUUUUCGCCGUUUGCCAGAGCGUCGCCAUGGGAGGUGCGCUCCCUGCUCUGGGAUACGCGGCAGGUGCCGCUGCUGGUGCUGCCGCAGGAGGCGCUGUCGGGGGUGCGGGGCCAGGGGGAGGCGGACCGAACGGAGCGGGGCCUAACAACGGAGGUGGUGGUCAAGGACCUCCACCAGGCGGCCAAGGACCUCCACCAGGUGGACAAGGACGCCCGCCAGGUGGACAAGGACCGCCUGGGGGCCCUCCUCCUCCCCAAGCCCCUCCGCCGCCAUACGAUGACGAUACUGAGUCAAAGCAAGACUCGAAGCAAUUGCAUCGUAAGGGUUAGAUCCUAUGUAGGAUGUACUUCAUGAUAGCUGACAGGAGUUCCUCUUAAUCCCUCUCCGGCGUAGUAUUGUAGAUGGGCAUACUAGUUGACGGAUGUUCAUGAUGUUUUCUGUUCAUUGCAUGAACUGAGUAGCGAGUGUAAGCUUCACUAUUUGAAUACCGGCACACUUAUCUCUGGUUUUCAACAACGACGUGUGACGUCCAUUUGAUUACGACGUGGCAGGCAAUCUCGUUGAAGCUUAUAGACUUGACAAAGGCCUAGGCAAGAUGGCUGCGACACUUUGGCUUGACAGUCGGCGGCGACCACGAGGCACGCGAGGCUGGUUUAUGCCGAUCGGACUGUAGUCUACACUGUAGUGAGACCUACGGAUCCUGCCUGGACGUGUCCGCAUAGGGAUCGGACGUCGGGGUUGUG